GGGCUGCGGGGGGGAGCCACUUGACACCGGCCGGGCAGAGGAGGGGCCGCUGUCCCUGCGACCAGUGCUGGAUGCGGGGACCCAGCGCAGAAGCAGCGCCAGGUGGAGCCAUCAGAAGCCCAAACCCACAGGACAACCGUGGCAGGUCUCACCAGCGGGAUCGAUACCAAGAUCUAUGUUUAAGUUUUAACUCCUGCUUACCAAGGCCACAAUAAUUCCUUCCCUAAAGCCCAGCAGUCCCCCAGCCCCACACAGCCCCAGCCUGCCGCCCACCACCCAGCUGCCCGCCAUGCCCUCCAGCGGCCCUGGGGACACCAACAGCUCCGCUCCGGAGCGGGAAGAGGACCGAAAGGAAGGAGAGGAGCAGGAGGAGCCUCGCAGCAAGGAGGAGCGCCAGGAGCCCAGCGCCACAGCCCGGAAGGUGGGGAGGCCCGGCCGGAAGCGCAAGCACCCCCCGGUGGAAAGCACCGACACACCCAAGGAGCCUGCAGCGACUUCCAAGUCCCCAUCUAUGGCCCAGGACUCAGGCUCCUCAGAGCUGUUACCCAAUGGGGACCUGGAGAAGCGGAGUGAGCCCCAGCCAGAAGAGGGGAGCCCUGCUGGGGGGCAGAAGGGCGGAGCCCCAGCUGAAGGAGAGGGUGCAGCUGAGACCCCGCCAGAAGCCUCCAGAGCAGUGGAGAAUGGCUGCUGCGUACCCAAGGAGGGCCGAGGCGCCCCUGCAGAAGAGGGCAAAGAACAGAAGGAGACCAACAUCGAAUCUGUGAAAACGGAGGGCUCCCGGGGCCGGCUGCGGGGUGGCUUGGGCUGGGAGUCCAGCCUCCGCCAGCGGCCCAUGCCGCGCCUGACCUUCCAGGCCGGGGACCCCUACUACAUCAGCAAGCGCAAGCGGGACGAGUGGCUGGCACGCUGGAAAAGGGAGGCUGAGAAGAAAGCCAAGGUAAUUGCCGUAAUGAAUGCUGUGGAAGAAAACCAGGGGUCUGGGGACUCACAGAAGGUGGAGGAGGCCAGCCCUCCUGCCGUGCAGCAGCCCACUGACCCCGCAUCCCCCACUGUGGCCACCACGCCUGAGCCUGUGGGGGCUGAUGCUGGGGACAAGAAUGCCACCAAAGCAGCUGAUGAUGAGCCAGAAUAUGAGGACGGCCGGGGCUUUGGCAUUGGGGAGCUGGUGUGGGGGAAACUGCGGGGCUUCUCCUGGUGGCCAGGCCGCAUUGUGUCUUGGUGGAUGACGGGCCGGAGCCGAGCAGCUGAAGGCACCCGCUGGGUCAUGUGGUUUGGAGACGGCAAGUUCUCCGUGGUGUGUGUUGAGAAGCUGAUGCCACUGAGCUCCUUCUGCAGCGCGUUCCACCAGGCUACCUACAACAAGCAGCCCAUGUACCGCAAGGCGAUCUAUGAAGUGCUGCAGGUGGCCAGCAGCCGUGCAGGGAAGCUCUUCCCAGCUUGCCAUGACAGUGACGAGAGUGACACUGCUAAGGCUGUGGAAGUGCAGAACAAGCAGAUGAUUGAAUGGGCCCUCGGAGGGUUCCAGCCCUCUGGCCCCAAGGGCCUAGAGCCACCAGAAGAGGAGAAGAAUCCCUACAAGGAAGUUUACACAGACAUGUGGGUUGAGCCUGAGGCCGCUGCAUAUGCGCCACCUCCUCCAGCCAAAAAGCCGCGAAAGAGCACAACAGAGAAGCCCAAGGUUAAGGAGAUUAUUGAUGAACGCACAAGAGAGCGGCUGGUGUACGAGGUGCGGCAGAAGUGCCGGAACAUUGAGGACAUUUGCAUCUCAUGUGGGAGCCUCAAUGUUACCCUGGAGCAUCCGCUAUUCAUUGGUGGAAUGUGCCAGAACUGCAAGAACUGCUUUCUGGAGUGUGCGUACCAGUAUGAUGACGAUGGCUACCAGUCCUACUGCACCAUCUGCUGCGGGGGACGUGAGGUGCUCAUGUGUGGGAACAACAACUGCUGCAGGUGCUUUUGCGUGGAGUGCGUGGAUCUCUUGGUGGGUCCAGGGGCUGCCCAAGCAGCCAUCAAGGAAGACCCCUGGAACUGCUACAUGUGCGGGCACAAGGGCACCUACGGGCUGCUGCGGCGGCGGGAAGAUUGGCCGUCUCGGCUCCAGAUGUUCUUUGCCAAUAACCAUGACCAGGAAUUUGACCCUCCGAAGGUUUAUCCACCUGUCCCAGCUGAGAAGAGGAAGCCCAUCAGGGUGCUGUCUCUCUUUGAUGGAAUCGCUACUGGGCUCCUGGUGCUGAAGGACCUGGGCAUCCAGGUGGACCGCUACAUUGCCUCAGAGGUGUGUGAGGACUCCAUUACAGUGGGCAUGGUGCGGCACCAGGGGAAGAUCAUGUACGUCGGGGACGUCCGCAGCGUCACGCAGAAGCAUAUCCAGGAGUGGGGCCCAUUCGAUCUGGUGAUUGGGGGCAGUCCCUGCAAUGACCUCUCCAUCGUCAACCCUGCUCGAAAGGGACUCUACGAGGGCACUGGCCGGCUCUUCUUUGAGUUCUACCGCCUCCUGCAUGAUGCCCGGCCCAAGGAGGGAGAUGACCGCCCCUUCUUCUGGCUCUUUGAGAAUGUGGUGGCCAUGGGCGUUAGUGACAAGAGGGACAUCUCACGAUUUCUCGAGUCCAACCCUGUGAUGAUUGAUGCCAAAGAAGUGUCAGCUGCACACAGGGCCCGCUACUUCUGGGGUAACCUUCCUGGUAUGAACAGGCCAUUGGCAUCCACUGUGAAUGAUAAGCUGGAGCUGCAGGAGUGUCUGGAACAUGGCAGAAUAGCCAAGUUCAGCAAAGUGAGGACCAUUACUACUAGGUCAAACUCCAUAAAGCAGGGCAAAGACCAGCAUUUCCCCGUCUUCAUGAAUGAGAAAGAGGACAUCUUAUGGUGCACUGAAAUGGAAAGGGUGUUUGGCUUCCCUGUCCACUAUACCGACGUCUCCAACAUGAGCCGCUUGGCGAGGCAGAGACUGCUGGGCCGGUCCUGGAGCGUGCCAGUCAUCCGCCACCUCUUCGCUCCACUGAAGGAAUAUUUUGCUUGUGUGUAAGGGACGUGGGGGCAAACUGAGGUAGUGACACAAAGUUAAACAAACAAACAAAAAAACACAAAACACAAUAAAACACCAAGAACAUGAGGAUGGAGAGAAGUAUCAGCACCCAGAAGAGAAAAAGGAAUUUAAAACAAAAACCACAGAGGUGGAAAUACCGGAGGGCUUUGCCUUGCGAAAAGGGUUGGACAUCAUCUCCUGAUUUUUCAAUGUUAAUCUUCAGUCCUAUUUAAAAAGCAAAACCAAGCCCCCUUCCUUCUCCCCUUUUUGGGUCAAACCUUUUGUUUUCUUCUCUUUCAGAGGGGUUUUCUGUUUGUUUGGGUUUUUGUUUCUUGCUGUGACUGAAACAAGAGCGUUAUUGCAGCAGAAAUCAGUAACAAAAAAAUAGUAACGAUACCUAGCAGAGGAAAGGCCAGAGAGAUGAGAAAAGGAAAUUCUAUAGAAAUCUAUAUAUUGGGUAUUUUUCUUUUUACUAUAUAUCUUUUUGUUGUUGUCUCUAGCCUGAUCAGAUAGGAGCACAAGCAGGGGCAGAAAAUUAGACACUCGGUGGCCGAACUUCCUCCCGCCUCCGAGCUGUCCUACCAGCACCAUUCCUGGUCAUGCAAACAGAACCCAACUAGCAGCAGGGAGACGAGAUCACCACACAAGAUACUUUUCUACAGUAUUUCAGGUGCCUACCACACAGGAAACCUUGAAGAAAACCAGUUUCUAGAAGCCGCUGUUACCUCUUGUUUACAGUUUAUAUAUAUAUGAUAGAUAUGAGAUAUAUAUAUAAAAGGUACUGUUAACUACUGUACAACCUGACUUCAUAAUGGUGCUUUAAAACAGCGAGAUGAGUAAAAACAUCAGCUUCCAUCUGGCCUUAUGUGCAAAGGGUUUUAACCAAGGAUGGGGAAAGGGAUUGAGCUUGAAGACGGCUUACUGUCUGGUGGGGUUUCCCCCUUGGUUUUUAACAAGCUAAAGGAGAGGAAUUGAGUUGCAUUCCCCGCUUCUCUCCGCCAGAAAGGGGGCUCAGGCGAGGCGGUCAGGACCUGAGAAGCUGAGCGUGGGGUCCAGAUGGGCUCACGCAGUAACCGUAGAAAUCUUUCUAGAAGGAGGCUCCCUUUGGCAAGGUGGCAGGGUGAGGAGUCUUCCUUCCCGAUUUCUCACGUUAGCAGAGUCGAGGGCUCCUUGUGGUGGGAUCAGAAAUAAUCCAGAGUGUGGGAAAGUGAGUUACAAACCCCACCUGGAGCAAAUAAAAAAACAUACAAAACGUACUGGUGCUUUCCUGUCUAAGUCGCCUUUUGUGUGUUCUUUUAUGAGGCCCCAUGAUCCUCCCCUCUGUGCACAAGGCGGCUCUGGGCCCCUGGAAUGUGAUGUUUUUGGUCAUCUCCAAAGGCUGCAGUUUUAUACUGGGAGGCUGAUGACACCUUUUAUUAUAAUUAUUCUUAUGGUUCUGGUUAUAAUUGUUUGUUUUAAGAUUUUCUUUAAGAAAACAAAAGCCCAACACCCUUCCCUUUAGGUUUCAAACCAAGGUGCGGGGAGCAGGGUGCUUCUAAGGCAGUAGUGGCUCUGGUGCCCUGGUUCCUACCCCUCGGGCCAGGUGGGCCACUGGGUGGCGCAGAGACAAGCUGGGUGGCCAGGGAGUCCCCAAGGCCCGCCCUCCGGCUGGUCACUCUUCUCUUCUACUUCCCCUCCUCGUGAUCAGGUGUGUCAGGGCUGGAGAGAGGCUUGGGCAGCCUCUCUCCUUGUGUGUGUGGUUGGAGUGGUGUGUGUUUAUUUUCUAGUGUUUGGUCUGAUGAUAGCUGUGCUCUUACCUUGAGUCAGCAGCACCUGGGGCCCCAUGUGCUCGCACUUUGUUCUGCUUCCCACCGGGGCCGGCAGCCCGGCAGCCCGGUGUUGGCGGUGGGGAGGGAUGGCGCUGUUGCUCUGGGGUGAGAGUCCAACAGGCGGAGCUUGCCUGGAUGGAUGGGGUGUAGAUAUGUGGCAUAUAGAGAUAUAUAUUUUAUAAUGGGAGGGGGGGCGGCACCUCCUGGGACCGGCAGAACUGGGAGGUGUGCCAUCAAGCACAUGGUCCCAAGUCUGCAUCCCUAGAAAGAUGGGGCCUAUGAUGAUAGGCGCUAUAUAAAUACAUAGAUAGGGUUAUGUAUAAGAAAUAUUCCACAGUGGGCAUGGGGGGACCGGGCUCAGCACUGAGCCCGUGUCCCUGUCGCAGACAGAAGCCCCACACCAGUCAGUCAGUUCUCACACACGCACAGGAACUUGCUUCUAUUUGGACGCAUAGCAAGUGCACUCACACACACCAGGGAGCCCCAGGCUCUUCUCCCCAGGAUUCAGGACUUUGUGGAGUCAGCCCGCAGCUCUUUACCUCUGUUGCCCUGAUUGCAGGCAGACUGUCGAUCUCAGAAGUUGCUAGGUGCUGAAGGCAGGAAAAGGAGGUUUGAUCGAGCAGGUGCUUCCUUGAGCAGGUCGUGUUCUAAUCCCCUUUGCCCCUGGUGAUGUCAAAGAUUCUUCUGUUAGCAACCUGUGAUACUGACCUGCGACUCCAGGCACCGGUAAAGUCAGCCCUCCACUCCCCCUACCUAUUCACCCAACCAAAAUCAAAUUGACAUCUCUGUCUGUCUGGGCUGUGGGGCUUCCAUUGGGAAAGAAAAAAAAGACAAAAAUGGGACUAAAGCUCACCUCUGAAUAAAGCAAAUUCGUAACAAAGCAAAACAGGCUUUGACCCCCUUGCUCAUCGCUCAGGACUAAGUGCAUGGCUGGUGGUUUGUCUUGCUCCUCUCUGGGGUCUGUAGUCCUGGCCCCACUCUGCUGGUUUCCUCCAUAGGCGGAGUUGAAGAUAACACCUACUUGCUGCCUGCCACUUUCCUGAUGUGGCAGCUGUGACUAGGCCCCCUGGGACUGGAGCUGCUAGGAGAGGGGAGACCUCCCCUCAUUGGAGUCCUGUGCUAAGUGUGCUGGUCCAUCCCCUCUUGCCCCAGGAGGGCUUUGUUCUAACCUGGAGUCCACCAGCACCACUCCAGGAGGACUGCGGGGAGGACGGCUGCUUCCAGCAGUCCAAGGUGCUCCCUCCCCCGCUGGCCAGCGCCAAGGUCUUCCCUGCUCCCAGUGACAGGACAGUGGGCCUUCCUCUUCCAGAGCUCUGGCUCUCCUGAGCCUCUGUCCCCUGCUUAUGUGAAGGAAUUAGCUUUUUCCCAGUGGCCCUAGCCCCACUUUAGCUGGGGCUGGUGCUCCCCCUGGGGGUUGGUGUGGGGACUCAGGAAGGCUUUGGUAGCCAAAGAUGUGACAAGCCCAGCGUGGGCCGGCCAGCUCGCUUCGAGAGUGGGUGCUGGGCACGGAGGCACCAUGGUGGCUGACUACCUACCACCUGCUCCUCUCACUCUAGUGACUCCCAGAAUGGAUCCCAUUUAGGGGGAGGAGUUAAUCACCAGCUUUUCUUCCAGCCCAACCUGUGGGCUUGGUCUCAGUAAAACUUGGUAGUACGUAGAGGAGGACUCAGACUAUGCCAUCUUGGCCAGGCUGCAUUGCUCUUCAUCCUUGUCAGGGGACUUCUGGGUACUUUUCGAAGGGGAGCUGUGCCUCGUUAGCUGACGUAAGAUCAUGGGAGGGGUAGGCAGGCUCGCUGGGCUUGCUAUAGGUGAGGCAGGGCAGAGGCAGUGCAGUGGGACUCACCAGGAAAGUGGGGAGAAGCUAGGAGGAUGCCCUGUGGGGCUUCCUUUCCAAAGAGUAGGGCUGUUCUCCCCUGCACCUCAGCCCUGGGGACCAAGGGGGACAUCUUCCUGCAGGUGCCAAGUGGAACAUGGUGCCAAAGACCCACGGCCCUUCCUGGGCGAGGUAGCUGGUGCUAGAGCCGGGGUCUCAGGGCCUUGGCCUCCUGCCGGAGGAGGUGCUCGCUCCACCCCAGCAGGGCGUCAGGCUGGCUGGUGCUAACCCCUUCCCCGUGGGACUGACUGGCACACUGAGCUGGGGGCCUACCAGUGAGGGUCAGGGGCCUUUCAUCUGUCUUUUUCUCCACCCCAGAGCCUCCCUGCUAUUGAACAUCCUGCCAGAAAGCAGACUUCCCCAAAAAGCUUUCCAGCAGACCUGGGCAUGGUUGGUUGGCAAAGAGGCCUGUUUGGUUUUUGUGAGUGGCCAGGGUGUGAAGUGGACAGGCAGACCCAGUGUGAAGGAAGGCUGGCCGGCCCGAGGGCCUGGCUGCUCCAGUCACUCCGCACCCCCAUCUCCAGCACCCAGAGGUCUGGAACAGGAAUCGAGCUGAGGCAUCUGGGAGAUGGUCUUACAGGAAAGUAAUCAUUAGUUUUCCUGGUUUUGACUGUAAAAAUGAAAUCAUAGAGGAGCUCUUGACUUCCUGUUGCUGCUGUACGUGCUGCAGGGUUGUGCUAGUGUGUGCAGAGCUGUCCUGUCCCGGGAGCCCGCUCGCUGGGGUGCGUGCCCUGAAUAGUGCUUGGUCUAGUCAGGGAACAUAGAGCCACCUUGCUGGUGAGAGCUGAGUUUCCGGGCAGGCCCACUUUUUGGUGCGGGGAGAUGAGGGAGCUGAGUUUGUCAUCAGACCUUGCUCUUGUCUGCCUGUACCCCAUGCUGUGACUAGAGGGUAACAUCCAUUGUCCCCUUGGCAGGAAGCAGCUGAAGCCUGCCCCCCACCCCAGGCUGGAGAAGGUAUUACAAAGCGAUGGCUUGCAGGCACAGCGGCUCUUCUGGUCCGGCCUUGUGCCGGGGUUGGGAAGACCCAGCAGGAAAGGGCGUAGGUUGGCUCAGAGGAUGAACUCCAGGUUGCAGGGUGUGCUUUGGCAUCUUCACGUUUUGGUAAAGGAAAGCUGGGGUCUUUGGAAGUGUGGACCUCAUAGCUGUGGGUUUCAGAGACCCAGUUUAAGGCGACCCUCUGGUUGGGGACCUGUCUCUGACCCCAGGCAGUGGAGUUGGCAGGAGAAACAAGCAGGUGAGCACACAGAGGAGAAGGGCAGAAGGCCCUUUGCUCAUGGGGACUUGCUAACUUCCGGAGAGGCCCCUGGACUCCCGAAAUUCUGGAAACUGGAAAACUCCUGGGACUCGCUCCUCCAAACCCCAGCCUGGCAGCCUCCAGCCUGUGCCUGCGGCCAUGAGCAGUGGUCUAAAGCAUCACCAUAGUCCCAUUUCACGUACAGACCGAUUUGGUUGUACAGCCCUAGAAUUCAACAGACAACAAAAAUGCUGAAAUCCCUUAGAAUAUGCAGAGGGAGGAGGUGACUCAACAAGGUGCUAAAACAUUUUAUUAAAAAUAUAUAUUGUUAAAUUAAGUCUGCUGUCUGGACAAUGACUGUUUGUUUUGUUUUCUUGUAGUGGAGUUUAAAAGAGACUAUUAUUUUACUCUGAUAUAUUAUUAUUAAAAAGGCAUUUUAACUUUGUACUUGAAAACUAAGUGAGCGAUUUCACGUGUUUUAGCUGAGGCAUUGAAGUAGCGGGUGCUUACUUAUUUGUGGGAAAUCAUGUAUUCAUACUGAAGAAUAAACUCCGUAGCUGAUUUGGUAAUAACUUUUACUGUUACAGACGAUUGCGCUUUGACCCCGGUGGCAGAGCACUUUUACUCCACAUUCCACGCAGCUAAAUGCAGGACCUCCCGGACUCUCCCCCGGCCCCAGCCUUCCUCCUUUUUCUUCAGUUCCUGUUUCCUUUUUCCUUUCUUUCUUUUUUGUUUGUUUUUCCUGAUUCCAGCAUCCUUUCACCACUGUAUUUUUUUUUAGGGUUGCUUCUCUAUUUAUUGACAAUAAUAAUGUACAUUUCACAGUCUGGUUUCCGGGAUGCCUGGCGCUGCACGGGGCUCUGCGGGGCCCUGCCGUGGCCGCCUGGUGUUCUGUUGUAUCUCUGUGUACGUGAUGCUCGUGACAUAGCUGUUUAUGAAAUAAUUAAAGAGGUCAAUGCAUACAGCAGAUGUAGAAAGUCUGUCAGUUCCGCCUUCAUCACAUUUUUUUUUGUGCCCAGAAGAAUAUAAUAAAGCUCCUUUCUAAUGUACUUGUGCUGGAGAACACUUGAAUAAAUGGACUGUUUUUGUGCAAAAAGAAAAA